AUGGCGUUUGUGCGCCUAAUAUUUACAGCGCAAAGACUCCAACAAACCAAAAAAGACUUGAUCGAAGAAAAACAGGAUGCAAUCAAAUACUACACAACCUCAAAAAGACGAUUUAAGUUCCAUCAUGUACACAUCAGAUUCAGACAGAAAUUGAAGAGACUAUGGAGAAGAAUCGGUUAUUGUUGUUGUUGCCAGAAAUUUUGUUUUAACUUAAAACACGAAGGAAGUGUAGAAAACUACGUUUUGAAGAGCAUCGCUGGGUUUUUUGGUGGAUUGAUUUUAACUUACAUAUUUUUUAUGUUUUUUGUAUUGCAGCUUUCUUUUACGUUUUCGUCAGCUACAAUAAUUUGUUCAAUUUUGGGAUGUAUUCUCGUUAACGGAUUGGCGUUUAGCUCCAAAGUAAGGUGUGUUGUGUUACUAACUCUACCCCACUUUUUCUCCGAAAGAGGAAGACAACUUCUUGUGGCCUAUGCUCUUUUACUUGUCAUAUCUGGUCCUGCAAAAAAUACAUUAAACAAUCUUGGUAUAUUAAGUGAAUCGUUGGCAUGUGGACAGGAGCAACUUAAAACUGUCGUGAGACAAAUAAUUGAAGUCAUCAAGAAACCAUUUUACGCACUUAAAGAUGCCAUCAAGAAGGUGAUAGAAACUGUCAAGAAGAUAAUAAAGCAAAUUAAAGAAAUUUUGAUAAAAAUAAAAAGGAUCGUAAUGAGUAUAGUCCGAGUUAUUAAAUCUGCGUUCAUGUUUUUGGCAAAAAUCAUCAAUAUCUGCAACAAAGAACUAGGCACUCCGUUUGAACGAUGUAGCAGAGUCUUCGACAAUGCCAUAGCAGACUGUAACGCCACAUUGGGAUCAUUUUUCAGUUGGAUGUGCUCAGUUACUUACAUUGUUAAGGCAGUUUGUUACGUGGUGAAGAUUUUUGACUAUGUUUGCAUCAUUGUUGAUUUUAUUAAAGAUUCCAUCAUUGGCGUAGUUAUAAGAAAAAUAAAAGGAUUUGUUCGACACAUACGCACCAUGUUUUACGUUAGGAUCAAAUUUUCACAUUCCUUCAGUUUCGAAACGAAGUCUUCAAAAAGUAUAACAGAAAUAUCUAAGGCGAUCGUGCAAGAAAUUAAAGAUAGGACGAAAACUGUGGCUGCAGCCUUUCAGGUUUUUACGUCUACAGCAUCGUUGUUUUUUAUUUUUAUGAUUGUUAAGGUUAUUGUAUAUAGGUACCGAUUUUUGACAAGUGACAGUUUUGACAAUAAAUUCAUAACCGAAGACUUUUUUAAAAUAGAUUUAAGGCGUGCUAAAAAUAAUAGGGAGACAGUGUUGCCGCUUAAUUCAAGGGAAAAGAAAUUAUAUGUGAAAAUUAAAUCGUCCAAACUGACCGACAUCGAAAAGAAAAAAUUGAAAAAAGCUGUAAUGACGUUAGCCUCUGUCAAUAUGAAGGCUGCUCUAUACAUGGCUAUAGAUUAUUGCUUGUACUGGAUUUUGAAUUUGGUUAAUUACUACGGAAGGUUUCAGUCGAAAGUUCAAGCUCCAAAUAUACCAACCCCUUAUAUAAGUGGCCAAGGACUUUUAGCAGAUUUAUUGAGGAGUAUAGUCAAGGCAUUCCAACCGAUGGGUAUACAGAUUGAAAUAGAUACAGUUCCUUGUUUGCCAACUCCUAUACCUCCUAAUCUGGAUAGAUACAUUCAAAUUGCAACUCUAUUAAUACUUUGCUGGGUACUAACGCUUUUGGAACCGUAUGGUCUUAGAUUCAGAACGUUUAUCAUGUGUUACUACCAUCCUCUCAGAGGAAGACAACGCGCUAUAUGGUUGUACAAUAACAUCCUCAGGAAAAGAAAUACGUUUUUAAAAUUCGCCAGAAGACAACUUAAACGAAAAUUUUUAGGUAGCAAGGACGUUGAGAAAGUUACUCUAAAAGAAUUUCUUGCUGCUAAUUUCAGAUUUUCGCUAUAUGCUUAGAUAAACCCCAAAAAGCAUGUCUUCUCUGCGGUAAAGUUUUUCGAGAAACUGAUGCGGAGAAACCAAUACAAUGCCAAACACCGGAAUGUCUAGGUCUGUAUUGCGCAGAAUGUUUUGCAGAUUUAAGAAACUUGUGUACAGUAUGUUUGUCUCCAAUUGAAUACGGAGAUUUAUCUGACUUAAGCGAAGAAAGAGAUUCAUCAGAAGAAGAAAGAACUGUAUUGCAGCAAAAACCAACUAAAGAUAAAAAAUCUAAGUCGAAAAGCUCUUGUAGGUCUUUAUUCAAUAUUUGUUCAAGAAAACGAAGCAGACACGAUGAUACAACACCUCUGCUUCGUGUUAGUUCAAAAGAUACAACGUCGACUGUCUUUUUGUCCAAACUGAGUUUACAGAGAUCUCAAAAUUUAAAUGAAGACGAGUCUUUGCUCAAGAAAUCACUAGAAAUGGAUAGAAUUCCAUCAAAAGAUUUUAAUGGUGACGAAGAAAGAGUCAGUCUUUUGUCUGAAGAAGAAAUUGAAGAAUCAGAUGAAGUUGGUGAUGAGGAAGUUUUGACUCUCUUUAAAAAGAAAUCUGAUUCAGGACACUCAAGUACUUCAUCUACAGACUAUUCGUAUUCCUAUCAAUACCAAAAGAGUGAACAAAAAUUAAACACUUGGGAAGUACCAUCUAGAGAUGUUGAAAAACAGACCAUACCAGACUAUGCCAGCAUGGAGUCUUUUCGAGAAGGAUCAGACGAGGAGUUCGUUGCUUCUGAAAGGUUAGACGAAAGUAUUUGUGAAGGAGAAAUGGAUGAUACAUAUAAAUUUUCUAGGACAAAGUGCUCUUCAACGUUGACCAAUGUGGAAGAACUGCCUAUAGAUACGGAUGCUAUACAGAAAAGUUAUGCGGAGAUGGAUUCAACUGAAAAGGAGACAGUUGAUGUAGGAACUGCCAUUUCAGGUGAGACAAUUUCCAAAGCUAAACAAAAGACGCGUAUAGAAUUUGUUGGUGUUCAAGAACGAGACUCGCCAAAGAAGAAGAUUAAACGAAAAAAGAAACGCAAACUUGACAGUUCUAAAUGUUUUUGUUCGACCUCAGAAGAGGAACUGCAACCGUUGUAUAGCAGAACUAAGAAGAGUACUAUAUCUACCAGUCCAAAACGUGAAGGACACUCUACAAGAAUUAAAGAAUGUAUAUGUAACCAUCCAGUUUGCAAAUGUAAUUUCCUAACAGACUGUUCCAACGAAGAAGAAAACACUACUAACUCCAAUUGGUACGAACAACCUAUAGAAGUGGACUCGCUCAUAGAUUUGGAUACAGCAGCAUCCUCAAAAAGUAAUAAACAAUCUGAAAAUAUAGAAUUGAAAGAUGUCAGUAACAAAGCGGAAUCGUCUCAAGUUGGUAGUAGUGUAGGGGGACAGGAAAAGAAAAAAUCUAAUAAGUUAAAAAUGUUUUUCGGAAAAGUUAUGCCUAAG